AUGCCAAGGAGGCCAACUGAAGUGAACACAGUCAUGGACGGAUGGCUACCUAUGAUUGGAAUGACUGCUCUGCCACACCUCGGAGGACUCUAUGGGGGCUUUACUACACGCAAGGCGGUGAAAACCUGGUACCCAACAUUGAAAAAACCCUCUUGGAGGCCCCCCAACGCUGUGUUUCCAGUAGCAUGGACUUGUCUAUACACUGGCAUGGGCUAUGGUUCCUACGUAAUUUGGAAAGAACUUGGUGGAUUUAGUGAAAAAGCCCUAAUCCCUAUGGGACUGUAUGGUCUGCAACUGAUGCUGAACUGGGCCUGGACUCCUAUCUUUUUUGGUGCGCACAAGAUUAAAUGGGCUCUUGUGGAGAUUGUGCUACUCACUGGCACUGUGGGAGCAACCAUGUGGUCAUGGUAUCCCAUAAGCAAAACUGCCACCCUACUUCUUGCCCCCUAUAUGUCCUGGCUGUGUCUCGCCACCGCCCUCAACUACUGCAUCUGGAGAGACAAUCCUGAUGAAGGAAAGACUAAAGAAGAAUGA